UGAUAGUUUUGAUUUUGUGGGUAAGAUGUGCUGCGAAUCGGAGCGGCUGGCAUUUGACAGGAGGGAUUCGGAGGCUUGGUAUGUCGUUGUGAGAUCCCAUCGAAUAGGAUUCGUUUUCAGUGUUGUCGUCAUUGCCGCGUUCUCGGACGCGAUAGGAUGGGCGGGUGUAUGCUGAAAAUUAGGCGGGCUCAGGGUUUUUUCCGCUGGGGCAAGAUGGCUUGAGGCAGGUCUGAGCUUUUUCCGAGGUCGACAAAGUUCUUCGAUGUCGUUCUGUAAAAGACUCUGCCCACUCUGGACGCGAGGUCGAUUUUGGGGGCUGGCCUGGACUGCUCGUGCCACAGGUUCAAACGACCUGAGCUGCUUGUGAUCUGGAGCUUGAUACCUGCCAUUCUUGAAGGGAGGCGGCAACGCAGCCUUAGCGACUCGGACAAUGUUCUCGUGCAGCCGAUUGGGACUGCAUGCCGAGAAGUUGCAUAUGACCUUAGAAGUUGUGGACCGGUCAGACGCCAUAUCAAGACUCUAGCGGCUGAUUUCCCGAUGUGAUCGAUAGGACUUCGAACCAGAGCGUCGAGCGGCUCGUGGUGUUCACCGUGUACAACGAAAUUCUUGGCGUGACCAGGUAACUUCUAGAAUGAAGCCUUAUUGUCAUAGCAAAUACAUCAAUCUCUGAUCAAGCAGUAGUACAUCUGGGCAUCUCUCAAAGUGUACCCGCGUUGUUAGAGCAACGGUCACGCCACCGCUGCUGAAGAGAUACUUCUGCUUCUAGUCAAAAUCGCACUAUCAUCAUUGAAAACGAACAUUCUUCUCGCUUCGAGCCUUAACUGCCGCACAGUCGCGACAAAUUUUCUUGUUGCAGGGGCCAGACAUGUUUCCAUUGAUCAGGCAAUGCUGCUUCUUUGUCUGGCUUUUGUAGCCUGGUUGGUUCCAUCGUCGACUCCGCCUAGCUCGAGUACCCUCGCAGUAGGUGUAUGGCAAUGUCAGUGAAAUGACAAAAGAGGCCUCUUCGGUUGUUCUUGUUAUUCUUGUUGUUGUUCUUGUUGUCGUUGCUGGAGAAACACUCAUCACCAGUACCACGCUAUACACUCACUGCCAUCUUGUAUUGCGUACUCCAACAGCAUGUGAAGUCUGCUUUCUUGGCUUUAUAGAUGGACUAGCCAAGUCACAUGAAGUGCUAGGAUGUUCAGAUCACGUGCGCCGGCCUAUCGGAGUCAGGUGGUAUUAUUAGACGCUCCACUCCAAAAUGAAGUUUAGCUUCAAUCACGCCAUUUCUCGUCUCUCUGAGUGGUCGUCCAUCAUCAAAAAAAUGCCAAAAACAGGUCAAAAGCGACUCAAACAUCUCAUCGGCAUGCCGAAAACACUUCUCCACCAUGCGAGACCCUCUCAAGCGCUGAUUGGACGGUUCCCGGCCUCCCGGAGGCUGUCAGCGAGUCAUGUCAAGCAGAUUGCGCCCGUAGAGGCGAGAAAGAGUGGGCCUCUGGGACAUAAACAUGUGCUUUCUGGGGUGAUGAAGGACCAGCGGAGGUUCAUGCAAUGGAAUGGCUUGCGGCAGUCUUCGUCGUGGAGACACACAUCAGAGCCAAAACGAUCGGAUACAAACGGCGUGUUGGUGGCCUUGUUUGGAGCGUCUGCUAUCGCUAUUCUGGCGACGCCGGUCGUCUCCUGGGUGCAAAAUAGCAUCGAUAUCGAUGUUAAAAGCGAGGAGGGGGGCAUACAGAUCGACAAUGAUGGGGACUGUGGCCCUACCAAGUUCCGUCUUUCGGAAGUCGUUCAGCAUGAUCGAUCGUCUUCGAGCAAAUGGGUGAUUCAUGGGACAUCAGUAUACGAUAUCACAUCGUUUGUCGAUGCCCACCCUGGCGGAGAAGUGAUCCUCAGAGCCUGUGGUAGCUCUAUCGAUCCAUACUGGGCUCUGUUCAGCAUACACAACAAACCGGAAGUUCGGAAGAUUCUCGACGAGUACUACAUCGGCGAGCUCGAUGAGCAAGACUUGGAUGAUCGAGGCAGCAUCAAGUGGUCUGGUGUCCAGGGCUGCAGCGUCGAGGAUCCAUUCAGCGACGACCCGGAACGAGACGCUGAACUGAUCGUUCGAACACCGAAACCGUGCAAUGCAGAAACUCCAGGAAGGUUUUUAGGCGACUUCAUCACACCACUGCGCCUGUUUUUCGUUAGACACCACUUAUGGGUUCCCAAGCUUGAUGCAAAGGAACAUGAGCUCAAGAUUGAGCUCUCCGAUGGCGAAGAAUUGACAUAUUCGCUUGAUGACCUGAAGCGGAAGUUUCGCGAACAUACCAUCAGUGUCACUCUCCAGUGUGCGGGUAAUCGCAGGAGUCAUAUGAACGAGUCUACGAAUCGCAAGACAUCUGGACUAGCGUGGGACAUUGGUGCAAUUGGUACCGCAGAGUUCACCGGAGUCCGCUUGCGAGAUGUUUUGCUUGAUGCUGGCUACGAUGUCGACCAGGCAUGUCGAGUGUGCCCAGACAACCCCCAGGCUGAUCAGCACAUCCACCUCUGUGCGCCUUCCGACACAUAUGAGCAGAGCAUACCGCUCCAAACGGCGCUGAACCCUGCUUCGGAUGUGUUGCUGGCAUGGAAGAUGAACGGCGAAGAGAUGCCACGCGAUCACGGUGGACCACUAAGAGCCAUCGUGCCCGGGGUGGUAGCAACUCGAAGUGUAAAGUGGCUGGGCACAGUGCGAAUCAGCUGCGAAGAGUCCCAAUCUAACUGGCACAGCCGGGACUACAAGUGCUUCGCGCCAAAUGUACGAGCUGCAGAUCUCAAGCCAGAAGACUGGGACGCAGCGCAAAGCAUACAGGAAAUGCCCGUGCAGAGUGCCAUCACAGACGUUUGCCGACGAGAUGAUGCCUUGGAACCCAUUCGAGUGCAUGGGUAUGCAUACAGUGGUGGUGGAAGAAAAAUCGUGCGCGUCGACGUCUCAGCAGAUGGUGGAAAGACCUGGGAGCCAGCAUGUCUUCGCAAGGACAACGCUAAAGGUGCAAGGCGGUGGGCAUGGACACAAUGGACCAUUGAAUGGCCAAAGGACAAGCUGCCACCGGGAAAGCCGGAGUUUGUGUGCAAGGCUGUUGACGAAGGGUAUAAUACGCAACCACAGACGUUCGAUGCCACCUGGAACUUCCGUGGGCUCCUCGGUAAUGCUUGGCACAGAGUAUCGCUCGAGGACUGAGAGCGAUGUUGCCCACAAACAGCUGAGCAGGCUCAGAUGAGUUUGUUGUGAUACCCUAGCCAGCGGAUGCGUGAAGUACUUGGUGCACUCAUUGAUUUAUGUAGGCAGUGCUAUUCGGGAUGCGUUUUGUGUAUUGUUGACCAAUGAAAGUUAAGCCAGUUGGAACGAGCCGUAAAACACACAUAGUGCCUUGCUCGCCCCUUUCAUGCAGUAAUGCAUUACAGGCAAUUUCUCGUCCUGCUUUGCGUACUUAGCCAGUUGGUGCACGUCCGAUGUCCUUGGCAGAUACAGCACCACCUCGCUCGAGACAGAGAAGGCAUCGUAGAGGACCUUCAUGUUGUAGGGCUCCAUACAUGACAGGUCGAACACGUCCCAGUCAGUGUAGGAAGGACCACCCCAAGGAGGACUCGCGAAGAUGACGGCAUUCUUAGCAGCGGCCUUCAGACGACCCUUGAGCACCUCGAAUAUGUCACCCUGAAUCCAGAAGAUCUUGCGCGCCACUCCAUAGACAUCAGCAUUAUGCUUUGCGCAGGCGAGGGUCUUGGCGUCCUUCUCCACGGCGAAGAUUUGGCUCCAGCGGCCAGAAAGAGCAAAGGCGAUGACAUUGCCUCCUGCGCCCGCGAAUGCGUCAAUCAGGACCUUCUUCUCCUUGGGCGCCGUUGCAACAUGCUCAGCAAUUUUCUUCGCUAUGGGUUCGGGCGUGACGCCAAACCAUGCAUCGUGGGUCAGCCAGAUGCCUUGGUCGUAUCGGGAAAAGAUGUCGUUGCGCUGCAUCCAGUACUUUUGCAAGUCGCUCGGCACCUCAUCUAGAGACGUGUAGGCGUGAACACCUUCCGGCGGCUCUGUUACUGGUGACAUAUUGU